GGGGACAACUGAGCAGUCUGAGGCGGAGGGCAAAGAGGCAAGGGCGCAGAGAACAGCCCUGGGCACCAUCGCCACAUACCAGGGGACCCUUGGCACCGUUGCUGCACUCCAGAACACGGACCAUGGCGCUCGGCUUGGAGCAGGUGGAGGAACAGCGGCUGUACCAGCAAACGCUGCUGCAGGAUGGGCUCAAGGACAUGCUGGACCACGGCAAGUUUCUGGAUUGCGUGGUGCGCGCGGGAGAGCGCGAGUUCCCGUGCCAUCGCCUGGUGCUGGCCGCCUGCAGCCCCUACUUCCGUGGGCGUUUCCUGGCUGAACCCGAGAGCGCGGGUGAGCUGCGCCUGGAGGAGGUGUCGCCAGACGUGGUGGCCCAGGUUCUGCACUACCUAUACACGUCGGAGAUCGCGCUGGACGAGGCGAGCGUGCAGGACCUGUUCGCCGCGGCGCACCGCUUCCAGAUCCCGUCCAUUUUCACGAUCUGCGUGUCCUUCCUGCAGAAGCGCCUGUGCCUCGCCAACUGCCUGGCUGUGUUCCGCCUCGGCCUCCUGCUGGACUGCGCGCGCCUGGCCGUGGCCGCGCGCGACUUCAUCUGCGCGCGCUUCUCGCUGGUGGCGCGCGACGCCGACUUUCUGGGGCUCUCAGCGGAUGAGCUCAUCGCCAUCAUCUCCAGCGACGGCCUCAACGUGGAGAAGGAGGAGGCGGUGUUCGAGGCGGUGAUGCGCUGGGCGGAGAGUGGCGAUGCAGAGGCCCGCGCCGAGCGCCAGCGCGCGCUGCCCACUGUGUUCGAGAGCGUGCGCUGCCGCCUGCUGCCGCGCGCCUUCCUGGAGACCCGCGUGGCGCGCCACCCGCUCGUGCGCGCGCAGCCCGAGCUGCUGCGCAAGGUGCAGAUGGUGAAGGAUGCGCAUGAGGGCCGCGUGACCACGCUGCGCCGGAAAAGGAGGGACAAGGGCAAGGAGAAGGGGACUGAGCAGAGUCCCACCCCGGAAGAGACCCAGGCUCAGGACCAGGAGGGAGAGGAGGAGGAGGGUGCAGAGCGCGUGCUGCCCGGCAUCCUGAACGACACGUUGCGCUUCGGCAUGUUUCUGCAGGACCUCAUCUUUCUGAUCAGCGAGGAGGGCGCGGUGGCCUAUGACCCCGCUGCCAAUGAAUGCUACUGCGCCUCCCUUUCCACGCAGGUCCCCAAGAACCAUGUGAGCCUGGUCACCAAGGAGAACCAGGUCUUCGUGGCCGGGGGCCUCUUCUACAACGAGGACAACAAAGAGGACCCCAUGAGUGCGUACUUCCUGCAGUUUGACCAUCUGGACUCGGAGUGGCUGGGGAUGCCACCACUGCCCUCGCCACGCUGCCUCUUCGGCCUGGGGGAGGCGCUCAAUGCCAUCUAUGUGGUCGGCGGCCGUGAGCUCAAGGACGGCGAGCAGUGCCUGGACUCCGUGCUGUGCUAUGACCGGCUAUCAUUCAAAUGGGGUGAGUCGGACCCACUGCCCUAUCCUGUGUAUGGCCACGCGGUGCUGUCCCACCUGGACCUCGUCUAUGUCAUUGGGGGCAAGGGCAGCGACAGGAAGUGCCUCAGCAAGACCUGUGUCUAUGACCCCAAGAAGUUUGAAUGGAAGGAGCUGGCGCCCAUGCAGAUGGCACGCUCUCUUUUCGGGGCCACCGUUCAUGAUGGCCGCAUCUUUGUGGCCACAGGGGUCACAGACACAGGGUUGACCAGCAAUGCCGAGGUGUACAGCAUCGCGGAUGACAAGUGGUCGUCCUUUGAGGCCUUCCCCCAGGAGCGCAGCUCCCUCAGCCUGGUCAGCCUGGCGGGGACCCUCUAUGCCAUUGGGGGCUUCGCCACACUGGAGACUGAGUCUGGAGAGCUGGUCCCCACGGAGCUCAAUGACAUCUGGAGAUACAACGAGGAAGAGAAGAAGUGGGAGGGUGUCCUGCGGGAAAUUGCCUAUGCUGCGGGUGCCACAUUCCUGCCUGUGCGGCUCAACGUGCUGCGCCUGACCAAGAUGUGACCUGUGUGCCCCAUGGGCCCAGAGAGGGGUUGGGAGAGGUGGAGCUGCCUGGUCCCAUGACGGCCAUGGGGCUGCUUCACCCAGGCAAGGUGCCACAGCCAGCCCAGCCUCAGGUUGGGACAUUGGCCCCUGCAGGGCACCCAGGGCUCCCAUAGUCCCCUGGGUCCCCAGAGCCACAGGGAGGAACCCAGGCAGCACCCCAGCCUGGCCCUGUGUGCAGGGGUAAUGGCCAUGGGUCCCUGUUUAAAGGGGAAUAAAGAAACACAGGCUCUGGCA